AUGGCUCCUGCACCAAUUGAUCCCAGCAUCAAAGAUGUCGCCCCGCCUAUUAAAGACACCCUCGUCCUGCCAGACGCUGCCCAGCAACGUCUCGAGAAAUCUGGCGUGGACCUUUCUAAAGGAUAUCCAUACCGUCCAUCUCGUCCAUUGUACCUAGAUGAUGUGUACAAGAUCCGCGACAAGCCUCGUGAUCACAUUGAUGCAGGUGCACGAGCUGACAAGUCCAAGAAGAGUCUUCUCUCUGCUGCGACAAAAGUCACUGACCUCACGGCGUAUAUCGGAACUGAGAUUGAGGGCUUGCAGCUGAAAGAUCUUACCAACCAGCAGCGCGAUGAACUUGCUCUUUUGAUUGCGGAGAGAAGUGUUGUUUUCUUCAGGGACCAGGAUCUCUCGCCACAGCAGCAAAAGGAACUCGGCGAAUGGUACGGAGAAGUGGAAGUUCAUCCACAGGUGCCUCAGGUCCCGGGUCUUCCGGGUGUGAGUGUUCUCUGGCCGGAUCUUCAAGCGACAGAGCGUCCUGCUAGUUUCCGCCAGCCAGAGGAGCGUCGCCCGGCAGGUAUCACACACCUUCACAACGACACUGUCCCUUCCGUUGGAGGUGAUACACUAUGGGCCUCUGGCUACGCUGCAUAUGAAAAACUCUCCCCAGGAUUUCGGAAGAUCAUCGAUGGUCGCUUGGCUGUUUACAAAUCAGCGCACCCAUAUCUUGACCGCGAUCAUCCUGAACAGGGUCCCAAGUAUGUUGAGAGAGUCCAUCCUUUAGUCAGGGUCCACCCUGCAACAGGCUGGAAGGCGCUUUGGGUAAACCGUGCAAUGACCGACAGAAUUGUUGGUCUUGACAAGGCUGAGAGCGAUGUUAUUCUCAAUUAUCUGUAUGAUGUUUAUGAGACAAAUGUCGACAUUCAGGUCCGAUUCAAGUGGACACCUAGAACCUCGGCUCUCUGGGACAACCGUAUUACUAUCCAUAACGCUAGUUGGGACUACAGUGGUAGAGAGCCACGACAUGGUACUCGGGUAACCUCUUUGGCCGAGAAGCCGUAUUUCGAUGCAUCUGCACCAACACGAAGAGAGGCACUAGGUCUCCUGGGAGAGAGUGAGAAGAAGGAACUCGAUGGGUUGGAAUGA